AUGUUAAAUAAAUCUCACCCUUAGGAUUAGAACAACAUCAAAUAUGAAAUCACAAUUGGACUAGCCACAAUUUUGGAAUGGAAAUUAGAUUAGCACAAACAAUUCAAAGGAUUCACCAUUGAAAUCGCCAAGAAAGAGAAAUAUUUUCUCAUUUCUCAUCUAGAUUGUGUGUUUCUGAAAGACAAGCUGGAUAGCAAAGUAGUUUAUAAGAAUAUCAAUACCUUUUACAAACCAUAAACCAUUAUUGGAGAAGGCAACUUUGGGAAGGUAAGCAGAAACAAUUUAUUAUAGGUCCUGCUCAUUAAGAAUACACAAGAUGGAAAAAUGUAUGCAACCAAGACCUUGAGAAACGACCUGAUGACUUCUUUGGAUGACAUUCAAGAUGAAAUAGCAGCGUUGUAAUCAUUAAAACAUCGAAAUGUCGUUUAGUUAAAGAGUAUAUUCUAGCACAAGAAAUAUUGGCUAUUGAUAAUGGAGUAUUGCGAAGGAGGUUAAUUAAAAGAAUAUUUGGAAAACCAUUCUUUGGAUAACUCCGAAAUUAUUGCAGUAAUGUGUUAAUUGCUCUCUGGCUUAGCCUAUAUACAUAACUAAGGCUUCGUUCACAGAGAUAUCAAGCCUGAGAAUAUUUUGUUGAGAAAAAAGGAUUCAUUAAUUGAUAUUGUGAUUUCUGAUUUUGGAUUCGCAGUGAAGAUCGACGAUGUAUCCACUAACAGACCAAGAUGUGGUACUCCUGGAUAUAUUGCUCCGGAAAUAAUUACAUUUGAUCAAAAACACAAUUACAAUGAAUUAUGUGAUAUGUUCAGUUGUGGCGUUGUACUGUUUAGAUUAAUAACAGGAAAGAAUUUGUUAUAGGAAAACAGCAAUUAAAUUAUUGACCAACAAUUUAUAGGAGAUCUAAGUGAAGUGAUAAAGUAAGAGAUAUAGGGAGAGUUCGGCAGAAUCUUACUUUAGAUGUUGGAAUUGGAUCCAAGUAAAAGAAUAACAGCAGAAUAGGCCUUGAAGUAUUUUGAGGAUUUCGAUGAUAUGAAACUAUAUCAAGAGACUCCAAUAUAAUAGUUAAAACAUUUAGCAGUCCAUUUUCUAUUUGUUAAUUGA